AUGGCUACCCCGCUCCUGCGUCUCCUCCGGUCUCUCGAGAAGUGGGAACUCCUUCAGGACCAGUGCGGCACGGCUGUCAGCGAGGCUCUCAACCUCAUCGUCGACAGCCAGUUUCUUCUAGGAGACUACCUCGUCACGCUGCAAACCGAUGGGAAAGCGAGAGAAAAGUGCCUCAAUGGCCACGAGCGGCGCAUCGAAGCAGCCCACCAGCAAGUGCUGCUCCGUCAACGCGACCUGGCUCUGACGCAUGCAGAGAUUGCGGAGUGUGCGCGGCUGUUGGGCGCAGCUUCCGAGGCCGGGAGGCGCCGGCAAACGCUUGGAGCCUCCCGGGUCCUCUCUGGAAGUGUGACACACGUGACAAACCAAGGAAAGUGCACACCCUUCACAGCCUCGGCAAGUCGGCAGACGCUGUCGUCCCCUGGAAGUGAGGCACUCUUCCUCGAAGAAAUCGGUUCGUUUGCAGCAGAGGCGGCGGAGGCGUAUCGCCGUCAACUGGACCUUCAAAACGAGCUCGUCACCCUCUACGGCGCCGACAGUCGGUUCUUCGCGAAGUGA